UCAAGUGUAAUUUAACAGAGUUAACAAACAACAGAAACCCGUAUAUAUCUCGGCGGAGGCACAGGCUGCAGCCUCGGCCGCCGCCUUAGGCAGGCAGCAUCCACCGCCGGCCCUCUCCCGGCAGCUCCGGAGGCCUUCCCGGCCGCUCGCAGGCAAACGGAGGAAGGGAAGAGCCGCAGCAGCUCCUGCUCCGGGGCUGGAUCGGCGGCCGCGGGCCAAGGACAUGAUGGAGCUUUUAGAGGAAGAUCUGACCUGUCCCAUUUGCUGUAGCCUGUUUGACGAUCCUCGUGUCCUGCCCUGUUCACACAAUUUCUGCAGAAAGUGUCUGGAAGGAAUUCUUGAGGGAAAUGUGCGGAAUGUGCUUUGGAGGCCAUCCCCUUUCAAGUGCCCCACAUGCAGAAAGGAGACUCCUGUCACUGGAGUCAACAGCUUGCAGGUCAACUAUUCCUUGAAAGGCAUCGUGGAGAAGUACAACAAAAUCAAAGUAACUCCAAAAAUGCCUGUGUGCAAAGUGCACAGCGGGCAACCCCUUAACAUUUUUUGCAGGACAGACAUGCAGCUGAUCUGUGGGGUUUGUGCCACCCGUGGUGACCACACAAAGCACGUUUUCUGUUCCAUUGAAGAAGCUUAUUCCCAGGAGAAGCGGGCUUUUGAAACCUUGUUCCAGGGCUUUGAAACUUGGCGUUGUGGAGAUGCCCUCUCACGGCUGGAUACCUUAGAGACCAGCAAGAGGAAAGCUCUGCAGAUGCUGACGAAAGAUUCUGACAAAGUGAAGGAGUUCUUUGAGAAGCUGCAGCACACGCUGGAGCAGAAGAGAAAUGAAAUUCUGUCUGACUUUGAGACCAUGAAGCUUGCGGUGAUGCAGGCCUACGAUCCGGAAAUCAAUAAAUUGAACACCAUUCUGCAAGAGCAGCGGAUGGCUUUUAACAUUGCAGAGGCCUUCAAAGAUGUGUCCGAGCCCAUUAUAUUUCUGCAGCAGAUGCAGGAGUUCAGGGAAAAAAUCAAGGUGCUCAAAGAAACCCCUUUACCUUGUUCCACUGUGGACAUCAGUCCCACAAUGAAGAGCUUUGAUACCAGCCAGUGGAAUGGAAUAAAGCUUGUUGAUGUGGACAAACUUUCCUUGCCUCAGGAAAGCAACACUUUCAAAUUCAAGAUUCCCUCGGUCUUUUCACGCAGAUUUAUAGUGAACUCUCUUAUUUUCUUGCUCAUUCUUGCUGUCACCAGAAUGUCCUUUGUGGAGUCGGUCAUUGACAAUCUCCAGUGCUGGAAAUCUCAGUUCCUUACAAUUUGCUUGUCCUAUUUGGCAGAUACCGUCGAGAUAGCAGAUCAUGCAGUCUUUUACUGGGAACAGAUGACAGAUGGAGCUUCACUCUUAAGAGAAAAGUGUAAAAACUAUACGUUGGUUGUACUGGAUAACGUCGCACAGUUUGUGUGCAAAUAUAAACUGUUGUGAAGUGUCUGCU